AUGUCUUUGAGACGAUUUCGCGAUGUAGUGGAUCUGACGGGCUUGGAUCACCCUUCAAAACGGCAGAAAACCUCUCGCGAUGUUGCAGACAGCACGGUUCAAACGCAGCCUGACCCGCCAUUUGCUUACCGCAGCGAAUAUACUAUUGCCUGGAUCUGCGCGCUAUACAUUGAGAUGGCGGCAGCCGAAGCUAUGCUGGACGAAAAACACGAAACUCUGCCCAAUGACGUCGAUGAUAACAACACCUACAUUCUGGGAAGCAUUGAACAAUACUACGUUGUCAUUACAUGCUUGCCAGAGGGAUAUUAUGGAACGAUCAAUGCAGCCAGCGUCUUGUCAAACUUGAAACGAUCAUUUCCUCUUAUACGCGCAGGUUUGAUGGUCGGAAUUGGGGGUGGAGUUCCGAGCAAAAUCGAUGUACGCCUAGGCGAUGUCAUCGUUGGGACAAGAGUGAUGCAAUAUGAUUUAGGGAAGAUCAUCGGAGACGGAGAGAUUCGCCGCACAGCAAUUCCAAGGAUUCCACACCAACUACUCUGCACAGCAGUGUCCGCCUUGCGAACAAAACACGAGCGAGAGGGGACCUCAAUUACAUCCAUCCUGGAAGAGAGAUUCAAACAAAACUCCGAUUAA